CUCGCUCCCCCCACCACCCUACUGUUAAAAACACAAAAGACCCAUAUUCCUCUCUCUCUCUCUCUCUCUCUCUCUCUCUCUCUCUCUCUCUCUCCACCCCACUGUUAAAAACACAAAAGACCCAUAUUCCUCUCUAACAACUUCUCUCUAUCAAAGGACAUGGCCCUUUGAUGUGAGUCUUGUUACAUGGAUACCUUAUUUAGGCUAGUCAGUCUCCAAUCAGACCAAUCCUACAACUCCAGUAGAACUUCAAGCAGUUCAAGAUCCUCAAGACAAAACCACCCACACCAUCAAGAAGAAUGCAGCUAUCUUUUCAUGGAUGAAGACGAUUUCUCUUCUUCUUCUUCCAGACAUUUCUUCCCAUACAACACAACCCCUCCAAACACCACUUCCGCCACACAUCCCACCACCACACAUGUUACUACUACACAUACCUCCACCACCCAUCUUUUUGAAUCACCCCAAUUCAAUUUCUCCCCCACUCCAAACCUACAAUUGCCAUCCUCAACAUCAGCAUCUGGCAAGUGGGCCACCGACCUAUUAAUAGAAUCCGCCCGAGCAAUCGCCGAUAAGAACAGCGCACGUGUCCAACAACUGAUGUGGAUGUUGAAUGAACUAAGCUCUCCCUACGGCGAUACCGAUCAAAAGCUCGCCGCAUACUUCCUUCAAGCACUCUUCUGCCGCAUGACAGACACCGGCGAGCGCUGCCACCGUACGUUGGUAUCCGCAUCAGAGAAGACAUGUUCGUUCGAGUCGACUCGUAAGACUGUCUUGAAAUUCCAAGAAGUUAGCCCAUGGACUACGUUCGGUCAUGUUGCAUGCAAUGGUGCAAUUCUCGAAGCCUUUGAAGGAGAGAACAAACUCCACAUUGUAGAUAUCAGCAACACCUACUGCACCCAAUGGCCCACCUUACUGGAAGCUCUCGCCACACGCAACGACGACACUCCCCAUCUUCGAAUCACAACCGUCGUUGCAACCAAGGCCGUUGCAGGUAGCAGCAACGGAGCUGCUGCCGUACAUAAGGUGAUGAGAGAGAUUGGAAAUCGGAUGGAGAAAUUCGCACGGCUCAUGGGCGUACCGUUCAAAUUCAGUGUGGUCCACCAUACCGGUGAUCUAUCAGAUAUGAAUUUUGAUGAUCUUGAAAUCAACGACGAUGAAGCUCUCGCCAUCAAUUGCAUCGGUACAUUGCAUUCCAUCACUGCAGCUGGGUCCCGCCGCGAUGCAGUGCUAUCCGUCUUUCGACGGAUGCGGCCGAAGAUUGUAACGGUAGUAGAGGACGAGGCUGAUCUGGAUAUUGGAAUUGACGGUGCAGAUUUCGUUAGGGGUUUUCAAGAAUCCCUCCGGUGGUUUUCCGUUUACUUCGAGUCAUUGGACGAGAGCUUCCCACGUGCAAGCAACGAGCGCCUGAUGCUCGAGCGUGCGGCGGGCCGCGCUAUCGUUGACCUCAUCGCAUGCCUGCCAGAUGAGUCGGUGGAACGGAGGGAGACGGCCGCGCGGUGGUCGAGACGCCUCCAGGCCGCCGGAUUCGCUCCUGCAGCAUUCAGCGACGACGUGGCUGACGACGUCCGCGCUCUCCUGAGGCGGUACCGGGACGGGUGGUCGAUGAUACAAGGCGGCGAUGCGGCCGGAAUCUUUCUAGCGUGGAAGGAACAGCCCGUCGUGUGGGCGUGCGCAUGGAAGCCAUGAUGCGGAUCUUUACAGCAUCUAGCACGUGUGAUUAUGCAUGGGAGGUGAAUUGGCACGUGUGCAUGGUAAGAAUUCACAUGAGCAUGGCAUGGAAUUGGGACGGUAAUGUAAGGAGAGUGAAAAAAAAAAAAAGAAAAAAAAAGGAGGGAAGAAUUGCUUGAAUAGAAUACGUUCGAAAAAGAAUAUAUUAUUGUUGUUAUAUUAU